UUCUGUUGGCCUCGGACAAAACUGGAUUAUUCUCCAGCUCGGACACGGCAUGUCCCAAAUCCGCCACCAACUUCCGGCUGACCUCUUCUCCCCACUGUCGCUCUUCCCACUCUCGUCGUCUCCCUCCGAUCUUGUCGCCACUAUCCCCUCGCGGUUGUAGCUUGGUUAGUUGGUUUGGCUUGGCGAUGAACGGCGGCGGGGGCGAUGAGAGCGGCAGCGACCAUGAGGGGAGCGGGACGCGGAAGCCGCUGCUGCUCAAGAACACGGGGAGCUGGUACAGGAUGGUGGGGUCGUCGUCGCGGCAGAUGGUCGGCGCCUCGUCCAUGGCCGUGCUGCGCGAGUCCCACGUCUCCGCGCUCCUCUGCACGCUCAUCGUCGCCCUCGGCCCCAUCCAGUUCGGCUUCACCUGCGGCUUCUCCUCGCCCACCCAGGACGCCAUGAUCCGCGACCUCGGCCUCUCCAUCUCCCAGUUCUCGGCGUUCGGCUCGCUGACCAACGUCGGCGCCAUGGUGGGCGCCAUCGCCAGCGGGCAGAUGGCCGAGCACAUUGGCCGCAAAGGGUCGUUGAUGAUCGCGGCGAUUCCGAACAUCAUCGGUUGGCUCGCCAUCUCCUUUGCCAAUGACUCGUCAUUUCUCUAUAUGGGACGGUUGCUCGAAGGAUUUGGUGUUGGUGUCAUAUCCUACACGGUGCCUGUAUACAUAGCAGAGAUAUCCCCUCAGAGCACAAGAGGAGCGCUUGGCUCCGUGAACCAGUUAUCUAUCACCCUUGGUAUCUUCUUGGCCUAUGUGCUAGGCAUGUUUGUUCCUUGGAGGCUGCUUGCAGUACUAGGAACCUUGCCUUGUACACUGUUGAUUCCUGGUCUAUUCUUCAUCCCGGAGUCUCCAAGAUGGCUGGCAAAGAUGAACUUGACGGAUGAUUUCGAGACUUCUCUGCAAGUUUUGAGGGGUUUCGAGACCGACAUCACAGCCGAAGUGAACGAUAUAAAGAGAGCUGUAGCAUCUGCAAACAAAAAGGCUACGGUCCGUUUUCAGGAGCUGAAUCAAAAGAAGUAUCGAACUCCCUUACUAAUAGGAACUGGCCUUCUAGUGCUUCAAAAUCUAUGUGGGAUAAAUGGCAUAUUGUUCUAUGCAAGUAGAAUAUUCAGAGCUGCAGGGUUCACAAACAGUGACCUGGCCACAUGUGCACUUGGAGCUAUUCAGGUUCUCGCUACUGGAGUUACAACAUCGCUACUAGAUAAAGCUGGCCGACGGAUGCUCCUUAUUAUCUCCACUGCCGGGACGACUCUAAGCCUUCUUGCAGUUUCUGUUGCAUUUUUCCUCAAGGACAAUCUACCACAUGACUCUCACUCGGACUACAUCUUAAGCAUGGUGUCCUUGGUGGCUCUUGUGGCUUAUAUCAUCACCUUCUCCUUCGGCAUGGGUGCCAUUCCAUGGCUCAUAAUGUCCGAGAUCCUUCCGGUGGGCAUCAAGAGCUUCGCAGGGAGCUUCGCGACGCUGGCCAACAUGCUCACUUCCUUCGGGGUGACAAUGACGGCGAACCUGCUGCUGAGCUGGAGCGCUGGCGGGACUUUCGCGUCGUACAUGGUCGUGAGCGCGUUCGCCCUCGUGUUCGUUAUACUUUGGGUGCCGGAGACCAAGGGGAGGACCCUGGAGGAGAUACAGUGGUCGUUCCGGUGAGUGGUCUUGAUCCGCGGUGCCCCCCGGUCGUCGCAUAUGGUGUGUAGCUCUUCAAGUUAGGGUAAAAGCCGUGUGUCAGGCAAGAAUUGGUUUGCACAGUCAGCAAUCUUGGCUCUUCGAACCAAGUGGAAUCAGUAGUACCAGUCACAUUAUUUUCUUCUUCUGUGAUGUAUCUUUUAUAAGUCAAAUGCAGAAAAUAAUAUUUUCAGCGGGAACGAACAACCUCAGAAAGGCCGUGCGUUUCCUGCCGAGGCUGGUACAACUGGGCCUUUAAACA